CCAAUAUAAAAUUUUAAUGCAUUCGGGCAUACAAGCGCGGAAACGCACAAUAUGCUCAAAAUGUCAACUUUUUAAUGUCAAAGUUGUGGAAUGGAACGUGCCCAGACAUUUUUAAUUUCUUUCAUUGUCCCAUGUGCAUUAUUUAUGAAAAUCAAUUUAAAUUGAAUUGAUUUGUAGUUUUGUGACAGAAAUUAUUAUAAAAUACUAGUAACGCGAAAAAUAAUCCAAUAUGGAUGUUUUAUCGCGACCCGCUGAAGAGUUUGGCAAUGAUGAAACUUUGGAGCGUUUAUGGGCUGCGAAAGCUAUGGAGCACAGUGAUAUAUACUUCAAUAUGCUCUGUUCCGUGGACACCAGAUGGCUGCAGUUGACUCCAAAUGAUGAUCUAAUAUACACACACUUCAAACAAGACUUCCCAGAUAUGGAUGUGUCCUAUGUCAAUGAAAAUGAAAUUAAGAACAGCACAAACAAAGCCAAGUGGAGAAUAUUUUGUGAAAAGUUUAAAAACAUUGUGGAAGACUACAGCUUUGGUACUCUCAUGAGAGCUGAUGCUAAGGGAGACUAUUCUGAAAUGAAUACAAUGCUUGUUCCUAGAGUACAGUUUUAUGCCAUAGAAAUUGCAAGGAACAGAGAGAACCUGAACAAUGAAGUAAAGAAAAGAUUCAAGUGUAUGGCAAAACCCAACAUAGAGGCUCAAGAACACUCCAGCAAGAUCGCCACAUAAAAAUAUUACAGCAAACAGGCUAGUUUUGACAAGGAAAGUUUGUUUUUAAAUCAUUUGAAAUCGAAAAAGGCAGUAACUGUAAACUGCCUCUUUGGGAGUGAUGAGAAUUAAUAUUAAUGCCUACUCUGUAGGAAUCGAAGACUUGUGAUAUUUAUGCAUUAAUUGAAGUAAAAUUAUUUGUAUAUUUUUAAUAGUAAUGGCAAUAAAAUCUGAGAGUAUGUCUUUGUAAACUAUCUCUUGUGAGGAACUAAUUUGAUCAUUUGUAUACUGAAUGUAACAUUUUCUUUUGUACUUACUAACAUAGCAGCUACUUAUAUACUUUUUGUAAGAAAUAAUGGUAAUUUUUAUUCUGUGUAGUUGAUUCUGUCAUGACUGGUAACUCUUCUUGUAUAAACUAGCCUAAUUUUUGAAGACCUAAGCAUUCUCAAAUAAUGAUCAAUGUUCAUGUAGCAUGUACUCUCUCUUAAUACACUUACAUAAUUACUGGCCAAAUAUACUAGCUCUAGAUAUUAGCCACCGUCCCACAAGUGACUAUAAUAAUAUGUACUCAAUUUUGCCUGCUUCUCAAUUUAAACAGUAUGCAUAGAAUAACAUAAUCAGUAAUACAUUUACCUAACUAAGUGCAUGUUUAGAUUUUAAAUAUUUUUACAAAAACAACUUUUAAUGUCUACAUAAUAAGAUAAAAGGCGGGCCUUUCUGUUAUAUUGAAACUUGUUUUUGUAAAAAUGUACACCUACCGAUUAGUAAGUUGUGAUUGUCUUAAUUGAAAAAUGAAUGAGGUGCUCUAUUGCUCAUACAUUUUUUAUAUUAAAAUUUAUAUACUAUCGUAAUUAUAAAAUGUGUGGUUUGAUUUACAUCUUAAGGUGAUAUAAAUUGAAAGCGAAAAAGCGACAGAUAACUAGCCCCUUGAUGGUAAGCAGUUACCGCAGUUUACUCUAGUAGCAGUUGCAGUUAUUGCAACACUAGAUGCAACAAAACUGCGUUGUCGAUCACGUAAGACAUUCCGCCGGGGUAUUCAAGCCAGAACCCUCCCCACUUACAGAUGUAACACAUCAAGUAUGCGAGGGGGACUGGGAUGCGGUCUCCUUCUUUUGCGAAGCAGUUAUGCUAGCUAAGGAGGAGACGGGACGCGUGAGGCAGCGAAGCGCUGCCUCCUCACAACCCAGCCAUCGCGAAGGACACACCGUGCGUCGGGGAUCGCGGGACGAUCUCCGGCCAACGUAAGCGCGGGACUGCGGACGGCGAGCAUGGGUGGCUCCCCGUCCGACCAGAAACAGACUCGAGCGUACGGCGCGUCGCGUUCCGCGCGCGCCUCUAAGAGCUAUCAGACCACCAUAGAUGGGACCCAACAGGGCCGAUGCCGAUUCGAAGUCGCGGAGAACCUAACGGGUUACUGGGACUCCGGCUCGACGUGCAGGAGAAGGAACGGGCGGUUUUUAGUCAGUAAGAGUCUGACGCUCCCUCCCGCCUCACCUAGGCGGGAGCAGUCAUUCGAUGAUUUUCCCCCCUUAAAAAAAAAAAUAAAAAAAAAACACAUCAAGUAUCGUGUCACUUCUUCCUGCUAUACUUCCACAUUGAAACUGACCCAUUCAAAUAACGAACAGCAGGCUUUCUUAUGUUAUAGUGGUGCAUUGUUGAGUUUGAUUCUGUUUUUCCUACGUAGCGCAUACCCCUACAUGUGCAAAUGGAUUUUACGACUUCAUCGUUGGUCAAAUGGUCACUUGCGACUGUAGAGCAAGGUGUCACUGUUUCGUGUUUGGUUUAUCGACAAUUUCUCAGCAAUAGCACGGAGUCUGUCUAGCAUAAGGCAAUACUCACCCUGUCUAUUAUCGAACAAGCAGCAAAGUAGCUGGUGAUGAAAAAUGGUAGCACAUAGUUUUGUAAGCCUAGUCUUUUUCGAGGGUAAGAGUUAUUAUAACUACGUUAUUCAUUAUUUCUUUCAUCCUGCUUAUAAGCCCAAAUAAACUGAAUCAGUCCCUUGUAGUUAGUAGUGUUACGAUCUAGGCUAUAAUGAGUUUUUAAAUUUCUAUGA